CAACGCAAACAACGUGUCGGCAUCGUUGACACAGGACGAGCAAGUCUACGUAGACGACGGGUCCCGUCUCCGACUCGAGCAUCUCACUUCCUACGCCGAAGACGCCUCGCAGCUCCGGUGUGCAUCCCUCUCCCCAUCGCGGAAUCAACUCGCCAGUCGGUCGGGGUUCAUCCCGCUCCUCGACGACGACUCAAAGGACGAGGAGGAGACCUCCCCAAGCAUCGACCCUUCGUUUGCCGAAUCGUCACCACCGAGGCAUAUCAUUCCCACCGACGACGUGAAAACAACCACCGACGCAAUCGACACAUCGUACGAACUGAAACGCGCCCACGAAGAACUCACCUGGCUCCGCGACCAGUUGCAUAUCUCAGAAUCCGUGCGCAUCCGACUCGAGGCCGAGGCCGCGAAGGUCAAUGUGCAGCUGGCGGAGAUGAAGACGGUCAAGGAGGCGCAGGCGCAGAUGCGGGAGAUGUAUCAGGCGCGGUUGGAUGAGGCCGCUGGGGUGGUUGAGGGGGUUAGGAGGGCGGGUGAGGAGCAGGUGUGUUGGGAUCCGAGCAUUGCAGGAUGAGAACGCGAGGUUGAGGAAUGAGAAUGCGGGGUUGGCAAGGCAGGUCUAUGAGAUGCAGGAGAAGAAUGCUCAAGCAACAAUGUCCGCUCAACGCGAACUCGAACUAGAAAGUGUGAUAGAGGCCCUUCACCACGAGAAGGAAGACCUCUACGAGCGCCUCAAAGCCGCCGACGUCGCCAAAUCGACGGGCGAACAGUCGUUCCGCAUCUUUUCCCGCAGACUGCGCACGAUGCAGGAGCAGCUAAACUCCGCACACGAGGAGACGGAGACCAUCCGUGCCGAGUUGCGACGGAUGCAGUAUGAGGCCCCCAACGCGCCCAUCUCGAACGGGGAUGGCUUCUUCAGGGAAAAACUGGAGGAGGUGCAGAGCGAGAAUGCGGCGUUGAGGAGGAUGGUGGAGGAGAUGCGACACGACACCACCACCGAUGCGGGGCACCCUACCACGCCCUCGUCGCGGAUCUCAACGGCACCGCCCUCCCGCGUCCCCAGCGCAUUCACCUCCCGCACACACAGCCCCGCCCUAUCCCGCGCGAAAUCGAUGUCGGUCACCGCGUGGGAUCAGCAUCCGUACACGCGGCAGGACUCCUCACCCUAUGCGACGUCACCGUACGCCACAACAGCGACGUCGCCGUACGCGACGACAUCACCCACCGACCAUCAACGCCGCUCCUUUGCGGAAAAGAUGCGCUUGUACGAGUCCGACCCGCACCUCCCCGCCGUAGCCGCAGCGCCGUUGACCGCGUCGUCGUCGCCGAGGAUGUCACCGCGCAUGUCGGCCUCGGUUCUGUCGGCCGACAACCCGUUUGCGAACCCCGGGAGGCGCGCGGAGGUGGCUGGCGGGGUAUACACUGCGCACAAGGGGCGGGCGGGACACACCGGGGAGGCGUGGGCGGACGGGCAUAGUCCCGGGCAUGGGUUCUCGCCGGCGAAGGGGAACACGCUCGCCGGCGGGACCCCUGUGACACCGACACCGCCGGCGGCGCAGAACGGGUACUUGCAAACGAGGGACGAGCUGAAUCGGGAGCUGGCCGCGCUGGCGGCUACGAAGGCGGCGGUACGUGUGUGGUGCUUUCCUGUCUUUUUUUCGUGGCACUGUUUUCGGGAUGUGGGACGUCCCCCAUACUCCACAGUUACUCCCCCCCAAUCAUGUCUAAACCUGCCGAUUUUGGUUUUAGUUGACAUCGGAAAUGAGCAAGAUGCCGCUCACAGGCGGCCGCACGCGGCGCCGGAAAGAAGAGAUCGAGGCGCAGCUGGAUGAUGUCGAUAAGGCGAUUGGCGGGGUUAAGCGGCGGAUGAGGGGGCAUGGGAUGAUAUGAUGUGAGAUCACGGGCGUGAUGAGAUGGGUGGGGGGUGGAUUACAGGUAGGGACGAAUGUGUAUAUAGGGGACGUAUCGAUUGAUACGCUUGUACUGGGUGAUGGUGGGUCGGCG